GAUUGGCCGGCUGGCGUGUGUGACGGGAACGCUGGCCAAUCGGAUGAAGGCUGAGCUGGACUUGGCGCUCGCGGCCGGGCUCGGAUUCUCGGAGCGGAGGGUGCAUAGCUGAGUGCGGACCAUGGCAACAUACUUGGAGUUCAUUCAGCAGAAUGAAGAACGAGAUGGUGUGCGCUUUAGUUGGAAUGUGUGGCCUUCCAGCCGUCUCGAGGCUACAAGGAUGGUUGUUCCCCUGGCUUGUCUCCUUACACCUUUAAAAGAACGUCCAGAUUUGCCUCCUGUCCAGUAUGAACCUGUGCUGUGCAGCAGACCAACCUGCAAAGCCAUUCUCAAUCCACUUUGUCAGGUGGAUUAUCGAGCAAAACUUUGGGCCUGUAAUUUCUGCUUUCAAAGAAAUCAGUUUCCUCCAGCGUAUACAGGCAUCGCUGAGACGAAUCAGCCUGCCGAACUGAUGCCUCAGUUUUCUACAAUUGAGUACGUGAUACAGCGAGGUCCCCAGACUCCUUUGAUCUUCCUCUAUGUGGUUGACACAUGCCUAGAAGAAGAUGACCUUCAAGCCCUCAAAGAAUCCCUUCAGAUGUCCCUGAGUCUCCUGCCUCCAAAUGCUCUGGUGGGUUUGAUCACAUUUGGGAGGAUGGUACAGGUCCACGAGCUCAGCUGUGAAGGAAUCUCCAAAAGUUAUGUCUUCCGUGGGACCAAAGACUUAACUGCAAAGCAAAUACAGGACAUGCUGGGCCUGUCCAAACCUGCCAUGCCCAUGCAGCAAGGAAGACCCGCUCAGCCACAAGAGCACCCGUUUAUCUCCAGCAGAUUCCUACAGCCUGUUCAUAAGAUUGACAUGACCCUGACUGAUCUUCUUGGGGAGCUGCAGAGGGACCCGUGGCCUGUAACGCAGGGAAAGAGGCCUUUGCGAUCCACUGGUGUUGCUUUGUCCAUUGCUGUUGGCUUAUUGGAGGGCACUUUUCCAAAUACUGGAGCCAGGAUCAUGCUGUUCACUGGGGGUCCUCCCACCCAAGGACCUGGCAUGGUGGUUGGAGAUGAAUUAAAGGUUCCUAUUCGUUCCUGGCAUGAUAUUGAGAAAGACAAUGCACGCUUCAUGAAAAAGGCAACCAAGCACUAUGAGAUGCUGGCUAAUCGAACUGCUACCAAUGGGCACUGCAUUGAUAUUUAUGCUUGCGCUCUUGACCAAACUGGACUUUUGGAGAUGAAGUGUUGUACAAAUCUGACUGGGGGCCACAUGGUGAUGGGAGAUUCUUUCAAUACUUCUCUCUUCAAACAGACAUUUCAGAGGAUUUUUAGUAAAGAUUUUAAUGGAGAUUUCCGAAUGGCAUUUGGGGCUACUUUGGAUGUAAAGACCUCUAGGGAACUGAAGAUUUCAGGAGCCAUUGGACCUUGUAUAUCUCUGAAUGUGAAAGGACCUUGUGUGUCAGAAAAUGAGCUUGGUAUUGGUGGCACAAGUCAGUGGAAAAUGUGUGGCUUGGAUCCCUCAUCUACAAUUGGCAUUUACUUUGAAGUAGUCAACCAGCACAAUGCUCCCGUCCCACAAGGAGGCAGAGGCGCCGUCCAGUUUGUCACACAGUACCAGCACUCCAGCACCCAAAGGCGCAUCCGCGUGACCACUAUUGCCCGCAAUUGGGCAGAUGCGCAGAGUCAGAUCAGACACAUAGAAGCGGCAUUUGACCAGGAGGCCGCUGCAGUCCUGAUGGCGCGGCUGGGAGUGUUCCGAGCUGAGUCAGAGGAAGGGCCCGACGUGCUCCGGUGGCUGGACCGACAACUCAUUCGAUUGUGUCAGAAGUUUGGACAGUAUAACAAAGACGACCCCACUUCAUUUAGGUUAUCAGAUUCUUUCUCUCUGUAUCCUCAGUUCAUGUUCCAUCUUAGAAGAUCUCCAUUUCUUCAAGUGUUUAACAACAGUCCUGACGAGUCAUCGUAUUACAGACACCAUUUUGCCCGACAGGAUCUAACCCAGUCCCUCAUCAUGAUCCAGCCUAUUCUCUAUUCCUACUCAUUCCAUGGACCUCCAGAGCCAGUUCUCUUGGACAGCAGCAGCAUCUUAGCUGACAGGAUUUUGCUGAUGGACACUUUCUUCCAAAUUGUCAUUUAUCUUGGUGAGACCAUAGCCCAGUGGCGUAAAGCUGGUUACCAGGAUAUGCCCGAGUAUGAAAACUUCAAGCACCUUCUACAGGCACCACUGGAUGACGCCCAGGAAAUUCUGCAAGCACGCUUCCCAAUGCCCCGGUACAUUAACACGGAGCACGGAGGCAGUCAGGCUCGAUUCCUUCUAUCCAAGGUGAACCCAUCUCAAACACAUAAUAAUCUGUAUGCUUGGGGACAGGAAACGGGAGCUCCCAUCUUGACUGAUGACGUCAGCCUGCAGGUGUUCAUGGACCAUUUGAAGAAGCUGGCUGUCUCCAGUGCCAGUUAAGCAGAGGAUAUGAGCAGGGAAUCGAAGCAAACAUUGUCAGCUCAUGUUGACAGUUGCUUAAAGUCUUACUAACAUUCCUCUCAUUUUUUCCAGUGGAUUUUAAUUAAAAAAAAAAAAAGGAAGUGUUGUAUGUAGCUGUUAAGAUGAUAAUUUAUUUGUAUUCCUGAUCUGUGUCCCCUUUUUUCUUCCAUAGAAGGUCAUAAAUGUUGGUACUUGUAAAUGUUUAUGCUUUUUGUAUCCUAAUAUCAGUCUAUCGGAAAUCAGAGGUGAUAAAUUUUGUUGCCACAGUUAAAUCAUUCUAAUCAGGGGCUAGAGAGAUAGCACAGGGGGCUGGAGAGAUAGCACAGUGGGUAGGGCAUUUGCCUUGCACGGCCGACCCGGGUUCGAUUCCCAGCAUCCCGUAUGGUCCCCUGAGCACCGCCAGGAGUAACUCCUGAGUACAGAGCCAGGAGUAACCCCUGUGCAUCGCCAGGUGUGACCCAAAAAGCAAAAAAAAAAAAAAGAGAGAGAUAGCACAGAAGGUAGGAUGCUUGCCUUGCUGGCAGCUGACCUGGAUCAAUUCCCGACACCCUGUAUGGUCCCUUGAGCCUUUCCUGGAGUGAGUGAUCCCUGAGUGCAGAGCCAGGAGUAAGCCAUCAGUACAGCCAUAUAUUGCCCCAAAAUAACAAGUGUGUAUGUGUGUAUGUACACACACACACACAUAAAAUACAUCACUGUGUAAUACUGUAAAUAAACAGUCUAACCAAGGAAGAUAUAGGGAAUAGCUGGUGGGCAUAAGUGGUUCUAACAGUAACAUCACUUUUAUCUGGGCACACUGUCACUGUCACUGUCCUCCCGUUCAUCGAUUUGCUCGAGCGGGCCCAGUAACAUUGUGAGACUUGUUGUUACUGUGUUUGGCAUAUCGAAUACAUCACGAGUAGCUUUCCAGGCUUGGCCGUGCAGGUGAGAUACUCUCGGUAGCUUGCCAGGCUCUCCGAGAGGGACAGAGGAAUUGAACUCAGGUCGACCGGGUUGGCUGCAUGCAAGGCAAACGCCCUAUGUGCUGUGCUAUCGCUCCAGCCCGUAUCUGGGCACACAAAAGAUUUAAUUUGAACCUGUACUUUUUUUUUUUUAAUUCUAAGAGGUAUAUACUUGUUAAAACAGGAACCCUAAUAAAUGGGGGAAGGAGACUUUUAACAAUUUCCUCUAAUCUCUAAACCUAGAUCCUACACUUUAGAGGUAAUUGCUUUAGUCCCUCCAAGUUCUUUUUUGUUUGUUUCUUUAUAUAUUAAUUUUAGCUUCCAUUUUUAUAGACUGAGGAAAUUAAAAUUUUUUCAUCAUUCACUUUUGAUCAACUAUACCUUUUUUAUAUUAUCAAGUUUGGUAAGAUUUAACCUUUGGGCCUAAAGUGUCUCAGCUGAAUCUAAUGGUUGAAAACUAAUAUGGAUGAUCUAAACAUCUUUGUGAUUAUGUAAACAUUAUUUAUGUGACAUUAGAUAAUAUUUUCUCCAGUGAUUUGACCAACCUAGGAUGACCUUAGAUAAGGCAAGCACCUUACCCACUGUACUAUCUCUUUGUUCUGUAAUGAUUUUUCUAAAAAGAGUACAGAAAGUUGGACUGAAGAAAUAGCUCUGGGCAGUAGAGAACAUGCCUCACUUGUUCGGGACCCUGAGUUUGGUCCCUGGCCCUGCCUGGCCUUCCACCCUACUUUGAGCACUGUCAGGUCUAUCUAUGGUGAUCCCUGAGCACCACAAGCCAGUGCAUCAAAUUAUCAGGCUUGUGGGCCUCCGUUGAAAAUCUAGGCCCUCCCACCAACAGCUGAGAGAGCCCCCUUUCUAGGAUAAAUGUGAGGUAGAUCACUGCAUCUAUUUGGUCUUUUUACUUGGCAGAUAUACUGAGUUUAGGCCCAAGAAUUUUGGGGCCAUACUUGAUUCCUUGAUUCUCUGAACAAAUAUGUAUUUUGUAUUUAUAAAGUAAUCUAAGAACUGAGGAUAUGGUAAUCAGAGACUGUAUAAUACAAACCAAGAUUCAAGUUAUUAACGAUCUGAUGUUCUAAGAAAGACUGAUAAUAAAUUAGAAAUAGGGAUGGAGCAGUCAUACAGUGGGUAGUGAUCCCUGAACACAGAGCUAGGAGUAAACCCUGUGCACCACUAAGUGUGACCCAAACACCAAAAUAAAACAACAUAAAUAGAAAUAACUUCCAUAACUGACUAGAAGGUAAUGUGUACUGUGGAAAACUUAACUGAACGUUGGAUCUUGGUUGACUAUGUCUUUUAAUUGUGUUGCUGCCUUUUUGGACUCUGCUCUGCAUUCUGGAAAGUUUUCUGUGUUGAGUUAUUGGAGAUUACAUUUGUUUGUUUGUUUGUUUUGGGACCACUCCCAGCAGUGCAUUACUCCUUACUGCUUGGUUCUCAGGGGAUCAUGCUUUGCUGGGUGUUGAACCCAGGCCAUACAUAAAACUGUACACAAAAACUGUAUGCAGAUUAAGGUUGAAAUUUCCUCCUCUAAUAUUUCAUCUGAAAUUGGCAGAUGAAUGUGAGAGACACGACUUAUGCUGGUGUUCUCUUAAAGAUGUUGAGUUAAGGCACUGGGCUGGGGAGAUGUGGGUGGCCCCUUUCUUCUAACAUAACAUAUGGUCAAGCAGGUCCUACUUCAGGGAAUCAAAGGCUGUUCAAAAUGAACAUGGAGGGGCCUGUUGUCUUGAGAACAGUUAUCCCAGGAGGGUAUCACUGAACCAGAUUUGCCUAACGAAGAACCAGAAGAACCUCCAUCCUGAAGGCAAAAAGAAAACUGAGAGGACAUUAUCCAGAUGGAGUCUUGGGAACUAACUGUCAUCGGUCUCUCACAAGGACAGAAGGAACAAGGCGAAUCGCCAAGCAAAUGAAAGACUGAAAGUAAAUCAAAAGGCUCCCCUGUAAAGAGAAACAAGUGGCCUUGGAAAUCAACAUCUUGUCCCUGUAAUUGUCUUAACUCCUUGUAACCAGCUAGAGAAAAAACUGCUGGCAAAUGACACUGAUUCUUGUUGAGUCAUCUGCAUUUUCUGUGUAACUGCCAGCCUCCUUGUACACCCCAUUCUCAGGGGCCAAAAUUUCCUAAGAUCUCUGCCCUCUAUAGAGUAAACUUUUAUUUUCUUCA